AUGGAGAACCUCUUUGAGAAGGCCGAGGGCUUCCUUCAGUCCGAGCAGGGCCAGAAGCUCGCCAGCCAGUACGGUGGUCAGAUCAAGUCUGCCACCGGCAUUGACGUCUCGUCGUUCACCGGCGGUGGCUCGUCGCAGCAGAACCAGAACCAGAACCAGGGCCAGCAGCAGUCGUCGUCUUCGGACUCGUACGGCUCUAACCAGAACCAGAACCAGGGCGGCAACAACAACAACAACAACAACAACUCGUCGUCGGACUCGUACGGCUCCAGCAACAACAACAACAACUCGUCGUCGGACUCGUACGGCUCCAACAACAACAACAACAACUCGUCGUCCGACUCGUACGGCUCCAACCAGAACCAGGGUCGCCAGAACCAGUCCUCGGGUGGCUUCAACUCGUCCUCGGACGACAACAGCUACGGCCAGCAGGGCGGUCGCCAGAACCAGUCGUCGGGCGGCUUCAACUCGUCCUCGGACGACAGCAGCUACGGCCAGCAGCAGGGUGGCCGCCAGAACAACCAGUCGUCGGGCGGCUUUGGUGGCAACAACAACGACGACAGCUACGGCUCGUCGAACAACCAGUCGUCGUACGGCCAGGGCCAGCAGUCCGGCGGUCGCCAGCAGGGUGGCCAGGGUGGCUACGGUGGCAACAACAACGACGACAACGACUCGUACGGCUCGUCGGGUCGCCAGCAGGGCGGCCAGGGCGGCUACGGCGGCAACCAGCAGUCGUCGUACGGCGGUCAGCAGGGUGGCCAGGGCGGCUACGGUGGCAACGACAACAACGACUACUAA